AAAGUAUGAGAUCAAGUUUAAUCAUAUUGUAAGUUGUGCAUUGAUCAAUAUGUAUUCAAGGUGUGGUGAUAUUGAUAAGGCACAACGAGUUUUUGAUCGGAUGAAAGAGAGAGAUGUCAUUACUUAUAAUUCAAUGAUUUCAGGGCUUGCUAUGCAUGGAAAGAGUAUCGAUGCCAUAAAAAUAUUUCAACAAAUGAAGAAGCAAGGUAUUAGACUAAACAACAUUACAUUCAUUGGUGUGCUGAAUGCAUAUAGUCAUAAAGGUCUACUAGAGUUGGAAUAUGACAUUUAUCACUCCAUGACUAGAGAUUUAUUAGAUCCAACCACAAAUAGAGCACUAUGGAUGCAUGGUUGAUCUCCUCGAGCGCGUUGGCCGGCUUGAAGAUGCUUGUAACUUCAUCUGAGAAAUGAAAAUAGCUCCGGAUCAUAUAAUUUUGGGUGCGCUAUGUGCUUGUAAAAUUUAUGGGAACAUUGAAAUAGGAGAAGCAGUUGCAAAAAUCUUAGUGGAUUGUGGGUAUGCAGAUUCUGGAACGUACAUUCCCUCAUCAAGUGUCUAUGCAUUUUCUGGGAGAUGGAAUGAGCUUGCAGAAGUGAGAGCAAAGAUGGUAGAGGGUGGAAUGCUAAAGGAAUUAGGCUGUAGUUCAAUUGAAGUGAACAAUGAGAUCCAUGAGUUCCUUCUCGGAGAUAUCAUACAUGUUGAGAGGGAACAAAUUUUCAAGAAGUUAGAGGAGCUUAAUCAUGCAUUAAAAUUGGAAGGAUACCUAUCAACAACACAAAUGGUUAUGCAGGGUGUCGAGGAUGGGCAAAAUGAAUGGGCUUUGGCAAUACACAGUGAGAGGUUGGCGAUAUGCUAUGGACUAAUCUCAACCACAACGUAUCCAACUUUGAGGAUUGGGAAAAAUCUAAGGGUAUGUAAUGACGGCCACUCCAUGCAUCAAGUUUGUGUCUAAGAUUAUCCGGAGAAAGAUUGUGGUUAUGGAUUGCUAUAGGUUCCAUUAUCUCGAAAGUGAAGCUUGUUCUUGUGGAGAUUAUUGGUAACUCGUAUUU